UCGCGCUGCGCCCACUUGGAAUUCGGCGGUUGUCGAGAUUUUUACAUUAGAAAUGGCUUCAACAAUGUUGUGGGCUUCUAGAGUGGCUUCUUACCUCCGGAUCUCCGUCUUCCAUAGAGGCUUUUCCACUGUUUUGAAGGAUCUGAAAUAUGCCGAUUCUCACGAGUGGGUGAAGGUUAAUGGUAAUGCUGCCACGAUUGGUAUAACCGAUCAUGCUCAAGAUCAUUUAGGUGAUGUUGUGUAUGUCGAAUUACCUGAAGUGGGAGCUGUCGUAAAGCAGGGUAACAGUUUUGGAGCGGUUGAAAGCGUCAAGGCCGCUAGUGAUGUUAAUUCUCCUGUUUCGGGAAAAGUGGUUGAAGUUAAUGAAGAGCUCAACAGCUCUCCUGCUCUGGUUAACUCGUGUCCAUAUAAAGAUGGAUGGAUUAUUAAGGUUGAGAUGAACGAUGCCGGGGAGUUGAAAAACUUGAUGGACUCGGAAAAAUACUUGAAGUUCUGUGAGGAAGAAGAUUCACAGCACUGACAGGAUGUGCUCGACAUGUCCGAUAUCGAGGCAUUUUGCCGUGGAGAUGCCGUGCCCAGAGACAGAUAUUGGCUGAAUCUAUGAAGCCAACUGGUUGAGAAAUGUUGCUUUCAUGUUGAUGUUUCUAUUUGGGGUUUCGGA